AUGAAUUCUUGCCAACAAACCAAUGCUAUGGAUACGCUCCUUCACGGCCAAGGCUUCGCCAACCAGCUCAAGUUCAUCAUGGACCACGCCGGUUCGUCGCCCAUGGAAACUACGGAGGAUUUGGCUAAGUCCGUCCUCCAUUGUUUCUCAGAUGCUCUUUCCAUCUUGAUCGAUACUAAUGACGACCAAUCCGAUUUCAACUCAUCUCCCCAGCAGGACUCUCCUCCUGUUCUUGAGAGCCGCAAGAAACCACAUCACAAGAGGGGAAGAAAGACAUCAAUGGCAGAGAGCUCAGACUACCGGAGACACGAAUCGGCAAACCCGAUCUACCACGACGGCUAUCUCUGGAGGAAAUACGGUCAAAAGCAGAUCAAAGAAUCUGAUCACGAAAGGAGUUACUACAAGUGUGCGUACACAAAGGACCAGAACUGCCAAGCAAAGAAGCAGGUUCAGAAGAUCCAACACAACCCUCCAUUGUACUCAACCACUUACUUCGGCCACCACACUUGCCAGCUUAACCAAGCCUAUGCAACUUUCCCUCUUGACACCUCCGAUCACGACGGUUCCCACAUGAUCCGAUUUGAUUACCCCACCACCACCUUCUCUGCCUGCUCCACUAGCUUCCAUCAACAUCAGAAUCAGAAUCAGAUUCAUACCAAAGAUGAUUACAUGACACCUGACAAGGCUGAAGAUUGGUCUCCAUCUCAGUGUAUGUCUUCCGAGGUUGCUCACGCCGUGGAGGCUUUCCAGUUUAACCCUUCUUGGACAUCAUGUGACUUCUCAUGA